CUCACAGAACAGGGAAGGGCCUCAGUGGCCUUCCAUGUGAGGAGGACACACAGCCCAGUUCUGUCCUCAGUCUGGGAGUCGGAUGGUUUCCUGCCAGCUCCUGGGUAGGGCCCCCAACCCACAGGAAGGGCUUGGAGGGGACAGACAGCCUGCCUGACCAGGCCUACUGGGCAGUGGACUGACCACCACCACAUGACUGCUGCUCUGAGCCACAGCGGUACUUUCCUCCCCUGCCAAGAAGUACAGGCUGUGGACUCUGCCCUCCAGAAACUGGUAUAUCUCUAAAGGAAAAAUUAUCUCAGGAAGGCCUUGAGCCUUGGCAGAAGAGGCUGAGAUGGAAGAUUCAGGGAGAACCAGAGGUGAGGUUGGCUGGAGUAGGAGCUCACCUGAGGAGGGUCAGAGGGUGAGAAGCCCCAGAUGCCAGACAAGGAAACCAAGGCCAUGGUGGGCACAGAAGACACACCUAGAAAAGCCAGCCCAGCUCAGGACUUGCAGCCAAGUGUGUUCCACAGCAUCAAGCUCUUCGUCCUGUGCCACGGUCUGCUGCAGCUGGCGCAGCUCAUGAUCUCUGGCUACCUCAAGAGCUCCAUCUCCACGGUGGAGAAGCGCUUCGGCCUCUCCAGCCAGACUUCGGGGCUAUUGGCUGCCUUCAACGAGGUGGGGAACACGGCUUUGAUUGUGUUUGUGAGCUACUUUGGCAGCCGGGUACACCGGCCCCGACUGAUCGGCUGUGGGGCUGUCCUUGUGGCCCUGGCAGGCCUGCUCAUGACUCUGCCCCACUUCAUCUCGGAGCCAUACCGCUAUGACCACGCCAGCCCUGAGGAUACGCCAGAGGACUUCGAAGGUUCCCUGUGCCUUCCCACAACCUCGGCCCCAACACUAGCCCCCUCCAACAGCAGCUGUUCGAGCUACACAGAGGUCCGGCACAUGACUGUGGUGGGAAUAAUGUUCAUGGCGCAGACCCUGCUUGGCGUGGGCACUGUGCCCAUUCAGCCCUUCGGCAUCUCCUACAUCGAUGACUUUGCCCACAACAGAAACUCGCCCCUCUACCUCGGCAUCCUGUUUGCAGUGACCACGAUGGGGCCAGGCAUGGCCUAUGGGCUGGGUGGCCUCAUGUUACGCCUUUAUGUGGACAUUGACCGGAUGCCAGAAGGUGGUAUCAACCUGACCAGAAAGGACCCCCGCUGGGUGGGUGCCUGGUGGCUGGGCUUCCUCAUCUCUGCUGGCUUGGUGGCCCUGGCUGCCAUCCCCUACUUCUUCUUCCCCAGGGAGAUGCCUAAGGAGAAGCAUGAGCUUCACUUCCGUCAAAAGGUCUCAGCUAUUACAGCCUCACCUGUCAACAAGGAUAAGGAGCCCCCCUCUGAGAAGAGCCCUGGAGAGUCCCCAGAGAAGCAGAAUGGCUUAGCACAGAUUGCACCAGACCUGACUGUGAUCCAGUUCAUCAGAGUCUUCCCCAGGGUGCUGCUGCGGACCCUGAGCCACCCCAUCUUCUUGCUGGUAGUACUGUCCCAGGUGUGCCUGUCUUCUAUGGUGGCAGGCAUGGCCACCUUCCUGCCGAAGUUCUUGGAGCGCCAGUUCUCGGUCACCGCCUCCUACGCCAACCUGCUCAUCGGCAGCUGCACCUUCCCUUUGGCCAUCGUGGGCAUCGUGGUGGGCGGUGUUUUGGUCAAGCGCCUCCGCCUGGGGCCCAUGCGCAGCAGCUUCCUUUGCCUGCUGGGCUCGCUGUUCUGCCUCCUCCUUGGCCUGCCUCUUUUCUUCAUGGGCUGCCCUACCCACCAGAUUGCAGGCAUUCCCCGCCAGCCUGGUGCUCAGCCCAGGCCAGGGCUAUUUCCAGACUGCAUGGAGCCCUGCUCCUGCCCAUCGGAUGACUUUAACCCUGUGUGUGACUCCAGUGCUCACGUGGAAUACAUCACCCCAUGCCAUGCAGGCUGCACAGGCCGGGUAGUCCGGGAGGCUCAGGAUGAAAGCCAGGUUUUCUACACCAACUGCAGCUGUGUGGUAGGGGGUGGCCCUGUGCCAGCGGGCUCCUGCAACUCAGCCUGCAGCCACCUGGUGCUGCCCUUCAUGCUCCUGGUCAGCCUGGGUGCGGCACUGGCCGGUGCCACCCACACACCCUCCUUCAUGCUCAUCAUAAGAGGAGUGAAGAAAGAAGACAAGACUCUGGCCGUGGGCAUCCAGUUCAUGCUUCUGAGAGUUUUAGCCUGGAUGCCCAGCCCAGUGAUCCACGGCAGUGCCAUUGACACCACUUGUGUGCACUGGGCCCAACGCUGUGGGCAUCGAGCUGUCUGCCGCUACUACGACCAUGACUUGCUCCGAAACCGGUUCAUCGGCCUCCAGUUCUUCUUCAAGACAGGCUCCCUGGUCUGCUUCGCCUUAGUUUUGGCCAUCCUGAGGCAGCAGAAUAAAGAGUCAAAGACCAAGGGAGCCAUAUGCAGCUCUAGCUUAGAGCAGCAACUGUUGGCAUCAGGGCCAAAGAAGACAGAAGAUUCCAGAGUGUGAGCAGCUGUCCCAGGGCUCCACCUGGCCAAAAUUGGCUGUCACAGUGGCACCUCCUUCUGGGCUCUUUGCCCAAGAUUCCAAAGGAGCCCCGUGUUGCAAUUUUGGCUCCUCCACUAAAUGGCUGUGUGACUUCAGGCAAGCCACUCACAAAGAAAUGCUUCUCUUGGGCAUUUCUGAAGCAAGAGGGUCUUCCUCCGUGCUCCCCUAGAUAGCCAGCUGAACUGGAACCAGGCUUUCCUGGACAAAAGGACUGCAUACCUUUCCUCUAGGUCCCAGGAGAGGGAAGUGGACCAUAGUAGGCCAGGCUGCCCUCCACAUUGGACCCCAGCCCAGCUAUGUCACUCACCCCAGAGCGCUCUCUGAGCCUCAGCCACCUCCUGUCAGGUGGUGAUGACCUUGCCAGUUUUCAGGUAUGUUUAGCUUUGACUAUCUGUGUGGUCAGGAUAGACUCAGGUCUUCUCCCCAACUCCAGGCAGCUUUCAAGACGUGUCCAUUUGGUGCCCCCUGGAGGCAGAACCCUGAGCUGGACUUGAAGGGGAGCCCCUCAGGGAGGAAGGAACUGGCCUCACACUAGGAACAUCCAGACUUAAACCGCCCUUCAGGAGGUUAGUGUGGGGACCCCAAGGAGCAUUGGCUAGGGGGGAGAGCCUCACCUGUGACUCAGGAAGUCCCAGCUCUUGUCCUCAAGGAGCCACAGUUUAAAGAUGAGGCCUAGCACCUGCCUUAGGGGCCCUAGAGUGGGGAGGGAGACCCAGGCCCACACUUGGGUAUUUUCCAACUUGAGACCGAACACACACUCACAUUGCCAAGAUUUCAGAAAGGUGACUAGGGGCCACCAAAGUCACUGUGACCUUGGUGAUUUGUGAACAAAUCCCUAAUUUCUCCAUUUCCUCCCUCUUGCCUGGGGCUGUGUAGAUAAUGUCUCAUUCUGUGACACCCAAGUUUUCAUGAGCGAUUCUAUAGCUUGCUUGGGUCUGAAUGAGACAAUCCUUUCCUAAGUUGUGUAGAUAAUGGCUAUGUAGAUAAUGUCUCAUUCUGUGACAUCCAAGUUUUCUUGAGCGAUUCUGUAGCUUGCUUGGGUCUGAAUGAGAUAAUCCUUUUCUAAGUUAGGGUUCCUCUUGUUUUAUGACCAGUCUUAUCUGGCCUGCUCAUUUCCCUGGGAAGAUAAGAGAGUUUCCUGCUCUGUUCCCAGCCUAUUCUCCUGCCAUCAUAUCCACCUGGCUGAGACCUGCCAGGAAGCAGUUGACAGGGAACUACUAACAGCAACUUGCAGAAGGCUAAGCCCAGCCCUUGCGCUGGAGCCUGGGAGCGACAUGGGGGUGGGGCAUACAUGGCUCUGGCCUUCUAGGAGGUCCCGGUCUAGGGCUUUAAGGCUUUCCCACAUGAAAGAAGAGAGGGAUACAGAAGCUCUAAUUUACUUUUUAUUCUACCGAUUAAUACCAGUAAAUAUUUAACAAAUAUCUGAGCCUGUAUUUAUCAAUGUCAAGAAUUUCAAUGUCUCCUCCAACUAGAUGAGGCUUUCAGUACAUUUCUGUUCCUUUCCCUUCCCUCCUGUUUCCCCAGGUUUUGCAGAAAUACUCUGAAUUGUAGAUACAGCUUAUUAUUAAAUUUGUUCUUCCAUAAUGUCUCUUCUAUUACAAAAAUCCUUUCCUUAUAAACUGCAUUAGAGGUCUGCAACAACCACAUUAUUUUCAGUUAUUUAGAUUUAAGCUUUACUGGAUUCAUUGCUCACCAUUAUUUCUUGUAUAUUACCUCUUUCCAUAUCUU